ACAGAUUUAACCAUGUACGGAUACAGCAGAACUUCGUUGAUCGUCAUUCUUUUCGUGGGCUUCCUUUUCGCUUUAUUUUAUAUUGACGGGAAUUUUUGGAGUAAAACUACACCACGGAUAAUGAGUUCUGUUUGCGAACUUUAGUAAAACAAGAGCUGAUAUUAGGAUGCUGGCGAUAUGCAGAGCAUGGACGGCGCCGUCUCGGACCAGGGAGAUAUCAGAGAACUCCUUGGCGGAAUUAGAUCUGAGGUAGCCGCGCUCAAAGUGGAGAUGAACUUAAAUCAUCUAUCUCUGUGAGUAUACAUGCUUGGCACUGCCGAAAGACAACGAAAAACUGAAGGCCAAACUCGACGAUUUGGAAAAUCGGUCCAGGAGGAACAACAUCCGUGUGAUUGACAUCCCCAAAGGCUCCAAGGGAUCUCACCUUUCUGCAUUUAUUGAAACACUGUUACUCACUGUUACUUACAAAAAGCCUGACGUGGACAGGGCUCACCGCUCCCUAGCACCCCUGCCGAAACCUAAUCAAGCCUCCAGAACCUUCAUCGUGUGAAUGCAUCACUACCAGACGAGGAAACUGAUUUUCCGUCUGGCAAGGGAAAAGGGACAGGUGUUAUACAAAGGAGUGCGUAUACACUUCUACCCGGAUGUCAGCGCCGAGGUGACAAAGCAGAGAGCGGCUUUUUACCAGGUUAAGGCCCAACUCAGAGGAGCGGGCAUUGAAUUCGACUGGCUUUUCCCUGCACGCCUACAGAUUAAUCAUUUUGGAACAAGACAUUUUUUUGACUGUCUGCAACGGGCUCUGGAAUUUGUGAAGGGAAUUGCCCCCCCUUCAGCGAGUGAGUAGAUGCACAUCACAGCAGAGAAUGUGUCUUUAUUCUUGCUUUUUCUCUCUGCUGAGGUCGGGUGACCUUAUGGUUCGAGAGGAUGAAGAACUGAAGAGACUAAUUUAGGUUUGGUCUAAUCCAUAUUCUUCAAUUUAAAUCAAUUUAAAUGUCACUUGCUUCUGUUGGCAGUAUUUAGUUCCAAUGGAGCAGAAACACAAGCUGGUGAGUUAUGGUUUGUUGUUUGACGUUAUUAAUGUCGUUUGUGACAAGGGUGGGGGAGUUGGGUACAAUUACAUGGCUUUUUUUCUUUCUUUCUUUUUUCUCUCUUUUCAGUUUUUAUUAUAUAUUGAUCUGUUGAUCGGAUUCGGUCAAGGUGCUCAUGUGGUUUGUCAGAGCGGAACAAUUUUCGCUCAUUUACGGCAAUUAAACGCAGACAGUAUUUUUCUGCAAGAAACCCACAUUCUUACUCAGAUGUAACUAAACUUAGGCGGAGUUGCAGGACAGGUUUUUCAUUCGAGUUUCAAUGCAAAAGGCUUGUCUCAUCAGAAAAAAACAUUUCUUUCAGUGACUCCUAUGGUCGCUAUGUGAUUGUUGCCUGUUGGAACAAGUCCAGUCAUGAAAUUUCCUCGCUCCUAAAUAUUCCACAGUCAACUGUCAGCUGUAUUAUAAGAACGUGGAAGCGUCUAUGAACGACAGCAACUCAGCCACGAAGUGGUAGGCCACGUAAACUGACGGAGCGGGGUCAGCGGAUGCUGAGGCGUGUAGUGCGAAGAGGUCACCAAUUUUCUGCAGAGUCAAUCACUAUAGGCCUCCAAACUUCAUGUGGCCUUCAGAUUAGCUCAAGAACAGUGCACAGAGAGCUUCAUGGAAUGGGUUUCCAUGGCCGAGCAGCUGCAUCCAAGCCAUACAUCACCAAGUGCAAUGACGCCUUUUCUGGAGUGAUGAAUCGUGCUUCUCCAUCUGGCAAUCUGAGGGCAGUUGCCAGGAGAACGGUACUUGUCUGACUGCAUUGUGUGUGACCUCACAAAUGUGCUUCUGGAAGAAUGGUCAAAAAUUCCCAUAAACACACUCCUAAACCUUGUGGACAGCCUUCCCAGAAGAGUUGAAGCUGUUAUAGCUGCAAAAGGUGGACCAACGUCAUAUUGAACCCUAUGGAUUAGAAAUGGGAUGUCACUUAAGUUCAUAUGCGAGUCAAGGCAGUCUCUCAACAUUCUCAAAUUGGUACCAUGAACCAAAGAUCCCAGAUUUUCCCAAACCAAAUAUCGGGCCUUUUCGCAAUGAGAAUCCAGCACCCUGCACCUGCCAAAAAACUAAGCCAGCAAACCAGUAUGUGUCAAAAGAUAAGCUGGAUGACCUGGAGAAACGCCGGACAGAAGAGUUCAGACAACACCAGAUCAGAUCAGGGAAAGAAAAUGAUGUUCUUAUUCUCGUCCCCGCCAACACCCCGCUUCAGUAUCCGAUGAGAGGAUUCAGAGUGACCCCAAUGAAUAAAACGCUCAUUCCUGGUCUAGCACUGCAAACACAAAAGAGAGCGGUUUACAAGGUAUCUCUAAGGGUGCAGAAAGGAGUGCUCUCAGUGCUGAAUGUUCAGGAAGGAGAGAAGGUGGAUGGCCAGAAUGAGAAACAUUUAAACAUUUCAUCCAACAGCCUCCAACAGCUUAAUGACCUGCUGAGCAGACUGACCUACACCAGCACCAUCUACCACAUCAAGACUGAAGACCUUGCUUAUUUUACUUUUGAGAACCAUGAGGUCAUAUUCCCGAUCGAGAUCAGACGUUUGUCGGUUCCUGUUCUGUUUGACCCGGGACAAGAUGUAAACUCUCAGGUGACUGUACUAGUUAAAGCAUUUUUGCGAUACAAAGAGCUAAACGUCCUCAUCAACAGUAUCCGUUGGAACUACCCAAAAAUAAAGAUCAUUGUUGCGGAUGACAGUCUGAACCCAGAGAAGGUGGUCGGUGACAAUAUAGAGCACUACAUAAUGCCCCCGGCACAGGGCUGGUUUGCAGGCAGAAAUCUGGCGGUGUCGCAGGUCACCACUAAGUAUUUUCUGUGGGUGGAUGACGACUUUGUGUUUCUGAAUGAGACGCGUAUUGAGAGCUUUGUAAACAUUAUGGAAGCCGUUCCUGAACUAGAUGUGAUUGGUGGUCAGGUAGAAAGUAAUCAGUUUUCCUUUAAGUUGCAAUACGAGGAAGGGAGCAGUGAGGAAGGCGGCUGUAUCACACGUGUCAGUGGUACUCACGCGCCCCUACCGGGUUUCGACGGCUGCUUCUUUGCAGAUGGAGUCGUCAACUACUUCCUGGGCCGGACGGAGGCUGUGCGGAGGGUCGGUUUUGACCCGUUCCUCAAAAGAGUGGGCCACACUGAAUUCUUCGUUGACGGACUUGGAGAUUUAUUAGUUGUCACCUGCAAAGGUCUCAGAAUUGGUCACCAAAAGCGCAGUUCCACAAACAAGUACCGUUUCUUCAGGCAUCCUCCAAAAAGUGAUUCAGAGGCAAAAAUGGCCCAUCAUUUUUUCAAGAACCAUCUGAAAUGCAUGAAAUACUAAGGAGAAUUUCAGGUGAAAUAUGCCAUUCUUCAAACCUUAUAAAUCAUUGCAUUUUUUUAUUUACUCUAUAAGUCAAAGGUUUGGAUCUACUUAUUCAUUUCAAAGCUUUUGAAAUGAAACCUCUACAUUUGACCAUUUUUAUUUAUUCAUUUAUUUUUGCACAAAAUAAAAAUGUCAAUUUAAGGUUACAAUUCUUACUUUUUGCAAUUGCAGUUUUGUAUUUCUCAAUUCUGACUUCUUUUUCAAUAUUCAGAAACUACAAAACUACAAAAGAACACAAAUGGAAGAAUAAGAAUUAUAUAGUGUACAAAACAUGACAAAAGUGUAAGCUGCUAAAUAUCAAAGCUGAAUGAAGGCAAACAGGUUAUGCUGUGAUUUAGCAGUGUAUUCUUAGAACAUACUUUGUUAGCUGGGAUAGUACAUAACCAAGUGAAAUAAAAACAAGUGUUGCAGUUUGUGUAAAUCACCUGCAGUUCAGUUUACAUGCUUGAGGUAGAUUAUAGCUAUAUUAUUAAUACCAGUUAAUGGUGUAGCCUGCAUAUUAUUUAUUUAAAUGAGAGUUUGUAAUUUAUUGUUUGAAAUCUACAGGACUGCAAAGUGUCUGUUGCUACCAAAACGUCAAAGUGUCAUCAGUCCUUUACCUUUGUGUUUCUAUUUACUUGUUCACUGUUGUCACUUUUAUAAACUACACUGUUGUGCCAAUAAAGAGUCAAAGCUC